AUUUACUCGGACUAACACUUACAUCCGUAAUCCCGACUCUUCAUUGAAGAUAGAUAUUAAGAGUACGUUGCUCACCGAUUCUCUCGGUGUCGUAUUUCUUAGCCGACUUAAUUUCGAAUUAGAAAAGCAGCACGAUUUCCUGGUUUCGAUUUUACAUCAACAUCACUAUAUAGGCCUCUUGAUUCCGAUUUUAUAGUGUAAAGACACAGCACGUGAGACAAUUCCAAAUUCGACGUGAUGCGUCCAUCCCAGAUACUACGAGCCACCGAGCCCCCUAUCGGCAAAUAUAACCACUAUCUGAACAAAGAUACAUGGGGGCAUCUUGGCUGUAUCAUACCCCAGAAGAACAUAAUCACAUACAGUCUUAGUUCAAACCGCCAGAAAAUCUUUACUGGUGUUGCCCACGACGCUGUGUUUAACAGUUGGCGUCGGUUCUGUGGGCAAGUUCUGUACUGGGCACCACCGUUUCUCGCUGCCUAUUAUGCCAUGGAUUGGGCUAACAAGAGGAACGAGUAUCUGAAUAGCAAAGCCGGAAGGGCCGAGUUUAAUACCGACUAGAAAAGAUGAUGUUGCGAUUAUCUUUGUGUUUAUAGCUAUUGUAAAAAUUCUAAACGAAACAUCCAUAAUGAAGAAUAUUGUCAGUAUGUAUAGCCGUAGGCUCCUGUAGCCAAUUUGUAGUUCUUCGCGGAACAACGAAGUUGUUUUCUUGCUUCUCGGUCC